AUAUGAUCUUAUUAAUAUUCGAAUCUAUAAUAUCUUUAAAUAUUUAAAAUGACACAAUUGACACAAAGGAUAUUUGUUACUGUUGGCACAACCAAAUUUGAUGAACUAAUCGAGACAGUACUUAGCUCAGAAGUUUUAGAGGUAUUAUCGUCAAAAGGAUAUUAUGAAAUCAUCUUGCAAGUUGGCAGAACGUUAUUUGUACCAGAUUGUACCCCACGUUGUGGUUUUGUCAAUAUUGAAUAUUUCAAUUUAAGCGCAGAUGUAAUUAACUAUGUACAAAAUGCUGAUCUUAUUAUAAGUCACGCAGGAGCAGGAAGUAUUUUAGAUGCUUUAGAGUGUAGAAAAAAUUUAAUUGUAGUUGCAAAUGAAAAUUUAAUGGAUAAUCAUCAAUUAGAAUUAGCUGAGCAACUCUAUGAAGAUAAACAUUUAUACUAUUGUACUUGUAAAACUUUGUUAAACACUAUACAAGCCAUGAAUUUUACUCAGUUAAAACCUUUUGUUAAUAAAAGAAGUAGACAUAUUGCUAAAUUUAUAGACCAAAUAAUGGGAUUUUUACCAUGAAAGAAAGUUUGAAAAAUAUUCCAAGAAAUACAGUUUUUUAUUUAUUUAUAAUAAACAAAAAUAUUUAAGAGGUUAA